AUGGCGUCCCUUUUCAAGGACCCGAGCAAGCUGUCGGUGUACAGGGACCGGCGGUUCCCUGGGACGCAGGAGGAGUUUGAGGCGGCGCUGCUGGCGUCGCUGACGGUGUACGUGGGGAACAUGUCCUUCUACACCACGGAGGAGCAGGCCUACGAGCUGUUCUCCCGCGCCGGCGAGAUAAAAAAGAUCAUCAUGGGCCUCGACAAGAACACAAAGACCCCCUGCGGCUUCUGCUUCGUACUGUACUACUCCAGGGAAGAUGCUGAAGAUGCAGUAAAAUAUAUUAGUGGCACAAUGCUUGAUGAUCGCCCAAUCCGUGUUGAUUUUGAUUGGGGCUUUGAAGAAGGCAGGCAAUGGGGCCGUGGAAGGAGUGGUGGACAAGUCCGAGAUGAGUACCGCACGGAUUAUGAUCCUGGAAGAGGUGGCUAUGGCAAGAUGGUUCAGAAAGAGCUAGAAGCACAAAGAGAAUUAGUUGACUAUGGUGUAGGUUUUCAAACGAAUGCUCCACCGCAGUUUGAUAGAGCUGACAGGAAGAGAGGAUAUGGCGACCGGAAUGACAGAGGAGAUUACCAACGGAGACGGUCGGCACCAGAUAUGGCCAGGAGAGCAACUGACUCGGAUUCUAAGAGAGAUGCUAAUCAAGAGCCUGAAAAGAAUCCCAGGUUUCGCGAGAAAGGUGAUUCUGAUGAUGAAGAUGAUGACUACGAUAAGAAACGCCGGCGCUGA